GCGGAUUUCAAUUAACCGCUCCGAAUAGUUCAGUUCAGUAAAAGUAAACUUGGCAACACUGUUUAUUAAAAAAUUGCGGCAAAAAUUUAAACUUUUCCACAACUUACCGCCAGCCAUGCCAAAGUUUCCUGUUUAUAGGCAUUUGAAUUUGUUUGGUGAGAUUGCUUGCAAAACACCGACACUUAAAUAUGGCCGCAUCAGAUCCAGGCAAAGGGGCAGAGUCAUCAAGUAUCUGUGUAAUCCUGGAUAUCAAUUAGCUGGAGAAAAGACUUCUUUUUGUAUUAACGGGACCUGGGAUGUCAAUAUACCAAAAUGUGUUCGGGGUAGUUGUGCGAAGGCUGAAACAGCACCAACAAAUGGUAUAGUCAUACCAACUCACAAUGGAGCUGUUCUAAAUUUUUAUUGCAAACAAGGAUAUGAAUUAAAUGGGCCAAUCACAGUUUACUGUGAUGGAUUUCGAUGGGACAGUCACAAACCGUCAUGUAUUCCUUCCGAUGAACAACCUAGUCUAUUUUGCGACUUUGAAGAUGAAAACAUCUGUCAUUGGUCACACGAUUUGAACCAUGACAUGGAUUGGCAAAGAGACAGCUAUAGAACUCCUACAGGAUAUUCUAUGCCCACAGGCCCCAGUUUUGAUCAUACGAAAGGAAACGGCUCGGGUGGAUAUUACAUGUACAUUGAGUCGUCUUCGAGAAGGAUAAACGAUACUGCUCGUUUAAUAUCGCCCAUUUUUGAGGCUACGAAUAGCAGUACCUGUUUGGAAUUUUGGUAUCAUAUGUAUGGAAGAAGUACAGGUACCCUAAAAGCCUAUAUAAAGAAAGUAUCUGAUUUGUGGCCUUUAAAUCCAGGAAGUGCGCUAUUUACUAAAAGUGGAGAUCAAGGAAAUGUUUGGUAUAGAGCCUUCGUUGAUUUAGGCGUAUUAACGGAAAAUUUUCAAAUAAUUAUGGAAGGUAUUCGGGGAAAUGGUUACGUUAGUGACACUGCUAUAGACGACGUGAAUAUUAUCCCAAAUUGUAAUUAUGAUGAUUAUCUGUUGUUUUCUACUGAACCUUCAGCACCUGUUAGUGAAACUUUCAAAUCAAUCGAAUCCUGUGAAAACCGCUGUGGUUUAAAAGCAUUUCAUAAUGAUUCGCAGGUAAUUAAUUGCGAUUGUGAUGAAUUUUGCUACGAAACUAGCCAGUGUUGUCCGGAUUAUGUGGAUUUUUGCCUUAGCGGCUCUACAGAUACUGAUUGGAGCACCACAACUGAAAUAAUUUCAGAAGAACCCUUGAACACUACACAAAAUAUUAUCACCAAUAAAACUGCUAAAGUUGUUGUUCCUACAAAAAAAUCAACCACAAGACCGACAUCUACAAUAAAAAUUAUACCCACCAUGAAAUCAACACUAAAACUUACAUCUACCACAAAAUCAACACUAAAACUUACUCAGUCUACAACUACAACAAAAAAACCUACGACAAAUCCAAAACCCAAAAUAAUUAACCCCGUUUCUACUAAACCUUUAAUUUUUCUGAAACCCAGUACCACUCCAGAAGUUGUUCAGAAAAUCAUUCCAAAAUUUCCGCAAAGCAAGAACUCAUCCAAAAUCGUUUUUGUCAAACCUAAAACUACUACACCCAAACAGUCAUACAAUGAUGAUAUUGCUCUACCUAAAAAAUACGACAUAUCAUCUGAAGAAGAUAGCAAUGACAUAAAUGAGAGUUUACAAGAUAAGGAAGAGUCAGUGGAAAAAAUUUCAAAUGUGGAAAAAGACUAUCCCAUCAAAAUCAUCAAUAACUCUGAAAAUGUAGGUGAGAUUAAAACCGAGUUCAGUCAAAUUGAUGAAGACCACCCAUCGAAUUUGAAAUUGACUUUUGUUGUGAUAGCAUCUAUAUGUGGAGUGGCCUUAUUUGGUAUCUUAACAGGAGUAGCUCUAGUUAAGCUGAGAUUUGUUCAAUGCAGGAAUCAAAGAAUUCGAUCGGGUCAAGGAGACAGUCAGAGUGAUGUCCGAUUUUUGACAGCAGAUGAAAUUUUGGAUUUCAGUUUGGAUAAGGAUUAUGUCGAUGAUUUGUGAUAGAACAUUAGGUGUAAAGUCUGAUAUUUUGUAUGGAGCACUUUUGAAUAAAUAAUUUAUUUGUGAUA